AUGUCAAGAACUACGUCGGCGGUAUGUCUAUUGUUACUAGUAGCUCUAAGUGCGGUCUAUGAAGUGCAAGGGACGUUUUUAUUAAGGCAUUACCUGAGGAAGUUUCCCAGAAGAUCUAGAGACUUUAGCCCAUUCGCUUGCAAGGGAAUGCUGACGUUCGUGAAACUUUUGGAGCUUAAAUGUCCAUUGAAGCCAGAGUACAGGAGCUUCUUCGGAAGGCUAAGGUCUUACAUGAACUUCAUAAGCUCGUCAUCCGGGUCGCAAAACUUUGACGUCGAAUUGAAAUCGCAAGCUGAGGGCCUAAACAGUGCUAUGUCUGCACUAGGUGGUGGAUCAUCGGCGGAUAACAGUAAUGUUUUGGACACGUUAACGUCUAUGGGAAAGACUUUGAGCGCGCAAACGAGGAGCGAUUCAACAACGGAAAUGUCAUUGUCACAAAGGAAAGAGUUGAUCAUGUCUAUGGCAAAAUGGGCAGGAGUGAUCGGAAAAUUCGUUUCAACUGCCGCAUCAAAGAGUGGAACCUCUAUUGAUAUAUCAUCCCUAGGGAUCGAUGGCAUUGAUGCUAAUAUGGGCUCUCCUUCCGCCGAUGCUGGAGGUUCUCCCACAAGCCCUACCACCGGAACUGGAGCUUCUCCCACAAGCCCUACCACCGGAACUGGAGGUUAUCCCACAAGCCCUACCACCGGAGCUGGAGGCUCUACCUACACUGGCUCUGGCUCCGGAACUGGAGGCUCUAACACCCAAGUUGGAGCCACUGCCUCUGGAGGCUCUCCUUACAAUGGGGGCUAUAACACCCAAGUUGAAGGCACUGCCAGGGGCGAAACCACAAGCAGCGGCGGAACUGGGAUGGGUGGAGGGGCCCAAACAGCUAUCAACGGUGGAGGAGGAGUGUAUGAUAAACUGAUUCGUACAAUAGACGAUUGUGUGUGGCAUGUGGAUUCCAGCUUCCACGGCCGAUUCACCAUUGAUUUUGAGUUUCUGGAACUCAAAAUCUCCCCUUUGAAUGGUGGUGAAGCGUCUCCUGUUUGGCCAAACGAUACAACAAUGCAAUCAAUCUCAACACAAACGACUCUCAAAUGCUUAUCCCGGAUGCUAGAAGAAAGCAUCCUAUCGGACGUCACAAUCCCAAAUCCACACAGCCGACGGUACGCUCUCCGCUCACAACGCCAUCCUCUCGGCUAG